UCCAGUAAAGCGAGAAAGAGUUCAGCGUGACAGCUUUCAGCCUGAUGGAUGAUGAUGCUGCUACCUGAUGCAAGUUGUGGAUAAGAGGACUACACAGGCAACAACGAUCGAGCCACACUUUAAAUCAGCUCAGCAGGAGAGUAAGAGACGUUUGAAAUGUUUUUGUGCAACUCAAACCGGAUUUUUCGUGUAUAGUUAUGCGUAAUUUUGAGAACCUUUGGGAGUUUGUGCGUAAAAGUUUGCGCGUCUCCCCGGCACGCCACACUCGCUCUCCGCAACCAUCCUCAUCUUCACCUUCACCGGAUCUAGAGCGGAGCAGAAGCAGUUCAGCCGUCUGAACAUCCUGAAAACAUGGCUGUGCUGCUCCGUCCCGCCCGGGGGAGCUCCGGUCUGCUCCUGGCGGCGUUUCUGUGCGUUUUGUUUCUCGUUUUCGUCUCUGCCUCCUCCGCGGGUCGUGAUGUUGUUUCAGGAAACAACGAGACGAGGAGAGAUCCAGCCGGAGGAGUGACAGAGGAGGAGGACACUCACAAGAAGGCUUUCCCCGUCCUCUCCUUCAAAUACAAUCACGUCAGGAAGCCCUUCGAGAUCUCUCUGUGGAUCCUCCUGGCUCUGCUCAUGAAACUUGGUUUCCACAUUAUCCCCCGAGUGUCAAACGUCGUCCCGGAGAGUUGUCUGCUGAUCUUCGUCGGCCUGCUUGUGGGCGGCAUCAUCAAAGCCAUCGGAGAAGAAGCCCCCAUCCUCGACGACAAGCUCUUCUUCCUCUACCUGCUGCCUCCCAUCAUCCUCGACGCCGGCUACUUCCUGCCCAUCCGAGCCUUCACGGAGAACCUGGGCACCAUCCUGGUGUUCGCCGUCAUCGGGACCCUGUGGAACGCCUUCUUCAUCGGCGGGAUGAUGUACGCCGUGUGUCAGAUCGAAGGAGCCGGGCUGGGCGGCGUGGACCUGCUGUCCUGUCUGCUGUUCGGCUCCAUCAUCUCGGCCGUGGAUCCCGUGGCCGUGCUGGCCGUGUUCGAGGAGAUCCACAUCAACGAGCUGCUGCACAUCCUCGUGUUCGGAGAGUCGCUGCUCAACGACGCCGUCACCGUGGUUCUGUAUCACCUGUUCGAGGAGUUCUCCCACGCCGGGACCGUGACCGUGGUCGACGCCGUCCUCGGUGUGGUCUGCUUCUUUGUGGUUUCCCUCGGAGGCAUCAUGGUGGGCGCCAUCUACGGCAUCCUGGGCGCUUUCACGUCGCGCUUCACGUCUCACACCCGCGUCAUCGAGCCGCUCUUUGUCUUCCUCUACAGCUACAUGGCGUACCUCUCGGCCGAGGUCUUCCACCUGUCGGGGAUCAUGUCAUUGAUAGCGUGUGGCGUGGUGAUGCGGCCGUACGUCGAGGCGAACAUCUCCCACAAGUCGUACACCACCAUCAAAUACUUCCUGAAGAUGUGGAGCAGCGUGAGUGAGACGCUCAUCUUCAUCUUCCUCGGGGUUUCCACGGUGGCCGGCCCUCACGCCUGGAACUGGACGUUCGUCAUCUUCACCGUCGUGCUCUGUCUGGUGUCCAGAGUGCUGGGAGUCAUCGGCCUCACGUACAUCAUCAAUAAAUUCCGCAUCGUGAAGCUCACUAAGAAGGAUCAGUUCAUCGUGGCGUACGGUGGCCUGCGAGGCGCCAUAGCCUUCUCCCUCGGGUUCCUGCUGAAGAACAGCGAGAUGAAGUACAUGUUCCUCACCGCCAUCAUCACCGUCAUCUUCUUCACCGUGUUCGUGCAGGGAAUGACGAUCCGACCUCUGGUGGAGCUUCUGGCGGUGAAGAAGAAGAAGGAGAGCAAAGGAUCGAUAAAUGAGGAGAUUCACACACAGUUCCUGGAUCAUCUCCUCACAGGGAUUGAAGACGUCUGUGGACAUUAUGGACAUCAUCACUGGAAAGACAAGCUGAACCGCUUCAAUAAGGCCUAUGUGAAGCGGUGGCUGAUCACAGGCGAGCGCUCCACCGAGCCUCAGCUCAUCUCCUUCUACAACAAGAUGGAGAUGAAGCAGGCCAUGAUGCUGGUGGAGAGCGGCAGCACGGCCAAGCUGCCCGCCAUCGUGUCCUCCGUCUCCAUGCAAAACAUUCAGCCCAAAGGGCCGAGCAGACGCCGAGCGAUCCCAAGCAUCUCCAAAAGUCGUGAAGCAGAGAUCAGAAAGAUUCUGCGAGGAAACCUGCAGCAGACCAGACAGAGGCUUCGUUCGUACAGCAGACACGACCUCUUCAUGGACCCGUUUGAGGACAACGUGAGUGAAGUUCGCUUCAGGAAGCAGAGGGUGGAGAUGGAGAGGAGGAUGAGUCACUACCUCACAGUUCCUGCAAACCGCCAGGAAACACCUUCAGUGAGAAAAGUCUGCUUUGAACCAGAAAACCAGGUCUUCACUUAUGAUGACAGCGAGAGCCCCAGAGGCCCGACGGCUCAGCCACAUCCCAGCCCCGCUGAUGCCGUCAGCCUGUUGAAUGAAUCGCCCCAGAGACCCAAUCAGAGCAAGGCGCAGAGGUCCACGGGCGGCGACAAGACGAGGGAGAAAGAUCCAGACGAGCAGGAGGAGCAACAGAAACUAUCGCGCUGCCUUAGUGACCCCGGUCCAAACCAGGAAGAGGAAGAGGAAGAGGACGGAUCCGGACGCUCAUGAUGAAACACGUUUACACCGUCAUGUUUCCUAAUGUUUGUUUGUCAGUUUAAAGUCAAAGGAAUUCAAGCAAAGUUUAAUAUUUAUGAAUUUAUUCUGCCAAAAGUGUUAUUUUUUUUCAAUGUCAUAUUUCUGUGAUACGAGUUGAUGCAAAGAUUGUUUCUUUUAUCAAAGCAUGCAACAAUGAGCGUUUGCUAGUUCGGGAUUCUUUUACAGCUAAGUGUCAGAAGUGUCUUAAGAAGCAGACCUGCAUCUUAAAAAAAAAAAAAAAAAAAAAGAGCACUUGUUUUAACAGACUUGAAGCACCAGGUGGGUGGAGUUAACCGCUCAAAGCACAGUAUGAAGAAUCUGUUAAGGGGCACGGGUAUUAGGCAGUGAGUACCAAAGAUACCCAAGAAAUGUUUGAGGAAAAAUAAUACUGACCCUCUUCAAAACCAACAAAAGCAAACGUGACCAUCCCUGAGAAGGUUGAUUAUUUCUGUUUUGGUCUUAUUGGUGCCUCUACCUGCUGCCGCGGGGUAGCUGUCAGACAAAGUGCCUAAAAGCACGCUACAGAAGGAGCCUGUAUUUACAUUUUCCACAGCAAAGAUUCACAGUGAGUGAAGCUUUCCACUGUUAAAAGAAUACAGAAUGGUUUUUUUUUGUUAAAUAUGCACAGAACAAGAUCAGCAAAGACCACUUUGUCCACAGGGGGGCGCCAGAAUCACCACAAAUCAAAAGUUUAAAGGAGCUUUAAAUGUCACAUAUCAUGCAAAAUUCUUCAUCAUGUUCCUCUAACUCUAAUAUGUGUCCCUAGUCUGUUUACAAACCCCCAAUGAUAAGAAAAGUCCAUCCUCUCUGUAUUUUGCCUGCUCCACUUUUCAGAAAAUGUGUGCUCAAACAGGCCGUUUGGAGAUUUUGCCUUUGUGACAUCACAAAGGGCAGUAGCCCCUCCCCCAGGUGGGUGACACUCAUACAGCUAGGUGUUUGUUCUACCCUCUGAGUCUGCCUUCUCACCGUAAAGAAUAGGACAUGGAGCGAGAAAGCCCGAGCCACCCAAGCCCUUCCAGAGAGGGGGGCGUGGUCAGACACAGCUCAUUUACAUAUUUAAAGGUACAGACACAGAAACAGCCUGUUCUGAGCAGGGCUGAAAUAGAGGGGUUUAUAGUCAUGAUCAAAUACAGGAUCAGAGUGGAUUUAGAACAAGACACUUCAGACAUGUUUUGGGGAGAUCUGAGACUUAUUUAAACUUGAAGAGGAGGAGAAGAUGUGACCUUUAGAGUGAUGAUACCCUUAUUAGUAAAGAGUCUUUCUAUAUCACUAACAACAUGUUUUAAACUCUUAUUUAUUUUGUUAUAUUCACGUAAAAUAACUAAGUGAUCAGCUUUUUUUGUGAUGAAAAGAAUGAUGAAGGGUGUUUCUUGAAGCACGUUUUUCUCUGUAAAACCUCAAUGAAAAACAGAAAAGCACAAAUCUGUGGACCAAAGAGAGUUAAAAUAAGACUUAAGAACAAAGUGCAGAUAUUGUUUGACUGAGGUCAGUAAGCUAGCUUAGCACUGUAUUCAACAUCGCUGCGUGACUGGUCAGUGUUUUCUCAGGGACUGCAACACAGCCUAGUAUUUACAAAC